GCAAGAAAUUAAAACAAAACCCAGAUAGAAGAGAAGUGAGAGAGAGAGAGUAAGAGAGAUAUCAGAAAAAUGGAAGUAGAACAGGUACUACGCAUGAAUGGAGGAAUUGGAGAAGCAAGCUAUGCAAAUAACUCCUUAGUUCAGCAAAAGGUGAUUUCUCUAACAAGACCAAUAAGAGAGGAAGCCAUAACCAGCCUGUACUACAAGAAAAUCCCAAGAACCGUAUCAAUUGCGGACUUGGGGUGUUCCUCUGGCCCCAACACUUUCUUUGUUGUCACAGAAAUCAUAAAAGCCAUUGAGAAUCUUUGCAGAGAGCUGAACCAGAAUUCCCCUGAAUACAAUGUGUUCAUGAAUGAUCUCCCAGGGAAUGAUUUCAACAACAUUUUCAGGUCCCUUGACAGCUUCAAACAGAAUCUCAUGAUAAGUAAUAAUAAUAAUAAUAAGUUUGAAAAAAAUAGUUGCGGUCCUUGUUUCCUCUUUGGAGCUCCAGGUUCAUUCUAUGGCAGGCUUUUUGCAAACACAAGUAUUCAUUUCGUUCAUGCCUCUUACAGCCUUCAAUGGCUAUCUAAGGUUCCUGAGGGAAUAGAGAACAACAAGGGCAACAUUUACAUGUCAAGCACAAGCCCCUUAAACGUUCUGAACGCUUACUAUGAACAAUUUCGAAGAGACUUCUCUUUCUUUCUCAAGUGUCGUGGUGAGGAAGUGGUUGAAGGAGGUGUCAUGGUUUUAACAUUCUUGGGAAGAAGAAGUGAUGAUCCAUCUUCUAAGGAGUGUUGCUACAUUUGGGAACUCAUGGCUGCCGCUCUCAAUCAAAUGGUCUUGGAGGGAAUCAUAAAAGAAGAGCAAAUGGAUGCUUUCAACAUCCCACAAUAUACACCGUCCCCAUCGGAAGUGAAACUUGAAGUUCAAAGCGAAGGAUCCUUCACCAUCAACCGCCUAGAGGUGUCUGAAGUGAAUUGGAAUGCUUAUGAAAACAAUUGGAACGCCAUGGAUUCCGAAUCGGAAGAAUUCGAAUCACUCAUCGAUGGCGGAUACAAUGUGGCGCAGUGCAUGAGAGCCGUUGCUGAACCCUUGCUGGUUAGCCACUUCGGUGAAGAUAUCAUUGAAAACGUGUUUAGUCGCUACCAGACGCUCUUAACUGACAGUAUGUCUAAGGAGAAGACCAAGUUUUUCAACGUCACUGUAUCGUUGACCAGGAACGCAUGAACAACAAUCCCUUUCUUCACAAAAUAAGGAGGAAAUUCACCUACAGAUUCUCUUCUUAUAAACAAUUAAUAAUUAAAAUAAGAUGAAAAUUCAGGUGCAGUCGACUUUACGUGAAGUUAUAACUGAGAGUGGUUAGAUGAUUUGACUGAGAUUGAUUUGACUAAAUUUUCAUCUAACAGUUCUCAACUAUCAAUUUCACGUGAAACUGCAUCUGAAUUUUCACCAUAAUUUAAUCAAAUGUUAUUAAAUUAUUCAACUGUACGUGAGUUUUCUUUUCAAAAUAGUAUUAUCAAAUUGUAUUUAUUUUA